AAAAUUGUUAAGUUUUUUAUUACUAAAUUCAACAACUACUACUGGGCCAUCAUCAUCUUCGUCGUCUUCUAUCUCCACUCUUCUGAUCUUAUUCAUUAAAUUGAAAUUUUCUAGAGUCAAUCACUAAUUGGAAGCUACUUGGUUUCUUUGGCCUUCGCUUCGGUUCGAUCCAGAUUUUGUCCUCGCCGGAUAGAGAAACCGUGAAAUACAAAAAAAAAAUGGAAGAUCCUUUGAUUGGUAGAGAGAGUCGUGGUGGUGGUACGGAUCGGAUCGUUCGUCGAUCAGAAGCUAUCACGCAUGGUACGACGUUUCAGAAAGCUGCUGCACUCGUCGAUCUGGCUGAAGAUGGUAUUGGUCUUCCUGAGCAAAUACUUGAUCAGUCAAGCUUUGGAGAGUCUGCAAAGUACUACUUCAUCUUCACACGAUUGGAUCUGAUCUGGUCACUCAACUAUUUCGCUCUGAUUUUGAUAAACUUCUUUGAGCAACCAUUGUGGUGUGAAAAUAAACCUACACCGUCUUGCAAAGACAGAGACUACUAUUACCUUGGGGAGUUACCUUACUUGACCAAUGCAGAAUCCAUUAUCUAUGAGGUGAUUACGCUGGCUAUACUCCUUGUACAUACUUUCUCUCCAAUAUCCUAUGAAGGGUCUCGAAUCUUUUGGACAAGUCGUCUGAAUCUAGUGAAGGUUGCUUGCGUGGUAAUUUUGUUUGUUGAUGUGGUGGUUGACAUUCUAUAUCUGUCUCCGCUGGCUUUUGAUUUUCUUCCUUUUAGAAUCGCGCCUUACGUCAGAGUUAUCAUAUUCAUCCUCAGCAUAAGGGAACUUCGAGACAGCCUUGUCCUUCUGUCUGGAAUGCUUGGCACAUAUUUGAAUAUCUUGGCUCUAUGGAUGUUGUUCCUUCUGUUUGCCAGUUGGAUUGCCUUUGUUAUGUUUGAAGACACGCAGCAAGGCCUCACGCUCUUCAACUCUUACGGUGCGACUCUUUAUCAGAUGUUUAUUUUGUUCACAACAUCCAACAAUCCUGAUGUCUGGAUUCCUGCAUACAAGUCUUCUCGCUGGUCGUCGUUGUUCUUCGUGCUCUACGUGCUAAUUGGCGUCUACUUUGUCACGAACUUGAUUCUUGCCGUUGUUUAUGACAGUUUCAAAGAGCAGCUCGCAAAGCAAGUAUCUGGAAUGGAUCGAAUGAAGAAAAGAAUGUUGGAGAAAGCCUUUGGUCUUAUAGAUACAGACAAAACCGGGGUGAUUGAUAAGGAGCAAUGCAUCAAGCUCUUUGAACAGUUGACUAAUUACAGGACUUUGCCGAAGAUAUCAAAAGAAGAAUUCGGAUUGAUAUUUGAUGAGCUUGACGAUACUCGUGACUUUAAGAUCAACAAGGAUGAGUUCGCUGAUCUCUGCCAGGCGAUUGCUCUAAGAUUCCAAAAGGAGGAAGUACCAUCUCUCUUCGAAAAUUUCCCACAAAUUUACCAUUCGGCCUUAUCACAACAACUGAGAGCCUUUGUCCGAAGCCCAAACUUUGGCUACGCUAUUUCUUUCAUCCUCAUUCUGAAUUUCAUCGCUGUCGUUGUUGAAACAACGCUUGAUAUCGAAGAAAGCUCGGCUCAGAAGCCUUGGCAGGUUGCGGAGUUUGUCUUUGGUUGGAUAUAUGUGAUGGAGAUGGCUCUUAAAAUCUAUUCCUAUGGAUUCGAGAAUUAUUGGAGAGAUGGGCAAAACCGGUUUGAUUUUAUUAUCACAUGGGUCAUAGUUAUUGGGGAAACGGCUACAUUCAUAACUCCAGACGAGAACACUUUCUUCUCAAACGGAGAAUGGAUCCGGUACCUUCUCCUUGCAAGAAUGUUAAGACUGAUAAGGCUUCUCAUGCACGUCCAGCGAUACAGAGCAUUUAUUGCCACGUUCAUAACUCUUAUUCCAAGUUUGAUGCCAUAUUUAGGCACCAUUUUCUGCGUGCUGUGUAUCUACUGCUCUAUUGGCGUACAGGUCUUUGGUGGGCUUGUGAAUGCUGGGAACAAACAACUCUUCAAAACCGAGUUGGCUGAGGAGGACUACCUAUUGUUCAACUUCAAUGACUAUCCCAAUGGAAUGGUCACACUCUUCAAUCUGCUAGUUAUGGGUAACUGGCAAGUCUGGAUGGAGAGCUACAAAGAUUUGACAGGGACGUGGUGGAGCAUUACGUACUUCGUCAGCUUCUACAUCAUCACUGUUUUACUUCUGUUGAAUUUGAUUGUUGCCUUUGUCUUGGAGGCGUUCUUUACUGAGCUGGAUCUUGAAGAAGAAGAAAAAUGCCAAGGACAGGAUUCUCAAGAAAGAAGAAACCGGCGUCGAUCUGCAGGUUCAAGGGCCCAAGGUUUCUGCUUCUCCCAAUUCAUGGCUUCCGCAUCAAGCAAGACAGAGGCCGAGACGGCAGAGAUCGCUUCCACGGCGGAGCCCAUAGAGACAACCACUGACGAAUCUGAUGUUUCGAUCUCUCUGAACGAGGACAAAUCCGACUCAAAUCCGGAGGAAGAUGAUUCCUCCGAUGAAAGCGACGGAGAAGAAGAAGACGGAGAUAGCAUUGUGGACGACGGAGAUUCAACAGAUAAUCAGCCGGAAUGGGGAGUGGAUAGCUACGACGAAAGCGGAUAUUUCUCACCUGAUGAAGACUCUUAUUCCGACGAAGAAGCUGAACGUAAAGCCCGUCUUUAUCGACGGAAUCUCCACUUUAGCCAUGGUUUUCUGGUGGAAGAAGGGAUCAGGCCACGUCAACUAUGGAGUGGCUCAAUCGAUCUUAAUUCUCUGGACAGUGAAUACUCUCCGGUUAAAGGAAGGACUCAGCUUCAAUACGCACAAGACAUGGCCAAAUUGUCUCUUCGCAAAUACAAUGCCUUAAACGAUACGGAUGUGAAGUUGGAUCAUGUUGUGAGAGUGACCGAGUCUUUUUGUGGUACAUGGACGUCGUACAUCACUUUCAUGGCGAGAGAGACUGAGGAGGAAGAAGCUACUCUUGUUGAGUAUCAAGCCAAGGUUGAGAAGAAAUUAAGUCGCAAGUCUUAUCCUAUCUUUUGCAGGCCAAGUCCCAAGCAAGAUCAAGAUUUGUAGUCCGAAUUGAUCAUCAUCUUUUGCUUUAUUUUAAGGCUAGUUUGAAUUGAUGAUUAUAUAUGGUCUUUCUUGCUCCAAAUGGAUUUCAAAUGGAUCUCAUAGUCAAAGCUACUCAAUAUAAUGGUUUGUGAUGUGAAAUAUGAUACAUAUUGAUGUAAUAAAGAGUGCAAAUCUCAUUCGAGAAUCAUACCUAUUGAUGUUAUAAAGAGUGUAAAUCUCAUUCUGC